AUGGUUGCUUACUUGCUUUUAUACUCCUCUUCAAUUAGGCUGGCCAUAGCUAUUGCCAAAGCUAUAGCCAGCCUCCAUGCUGUCCUCCUCUACAAAGCCUUGGGUUUUCAAUUUAUCUGGCUUGAGGGAGAUGCUAAAUUGUGCUCUCAUGUCGGCAAAGCGGCAAACACGGCUGCUCACCUUCUUGCUAAGGAAGUUCUGGGCUCUAACUUUGACAGAUCUUGGGAGGACGUGACUCUCGAUUGUAUUGCUGUGGUGAUAUGGGAUUAUGAUCAUAAUCAACAGGAUGAAAUUCGACGAGCUUACAUUAGAAAUGGAAAAGAUCCUAAUUCAUUUCACAGAAUUGCUGAGAAGUCAUACGACGACUUGAAGAACCAGUCUCAACACAUACAAAAUGUGUUUAAAAAGUUCACUUCUGAACAAAUUGCAAACAAUCAACUACAGUUGAAAGCCUCUAUUGAUGUUGUUCGAGUGCUUGCAUUUCAAGGUGUUGCUUUUAGAGGUCGGGAUGAAAGUGUAGGUUCAAAGAAUCGUGGAAAUUUUCUUGAAAUAUCGGAUUUGACGGUUUCAUAUAAUAAAGAGAUUGCUGAAGUGAUAGCUAAAGCUCCAAAAAAUGCCUCUUACACAUCACCAAAAAUACAAAAAGAAAUGUUACAUGUUUUUUCAACCAAAGUGAAAAAGGCAAUUCGUGAUGAAAUUGGUAAUGCAAAAUUUUGCAUAAUUGUUGAUAAAGCUUGUGAUGAGUCAAUGAAGGAGCAAAUGGCUAUAGUUUUAAGAUUUGUUGACAAAAAUGGUUUUGUGCGAGAACGAUUUUUUGGGCUUGUUCAAGUCUCUGAUACUGUGGCAUUAAUCCUAAAAAAAUGUAUAUAUUUUGUAUUGUCUAAACAUGGGCUAGACAUUCAAAAUAUUCGAGGGCUGGGAUACGAUGGUGCAAGUAACAUGCGAGAAUUGCGGGUUGGCCAAGCUGCUAAAAAUGCUUACAUGAUUGAAAUUGAUGAGAUUGAGAUUGAAAAGGGACUUAAUCAAAUUCGUACUUUACAAUGGGCUAGAGAUACUCGUUGGAGUUCUCACUUGAGAUCAGUUUCUAACUUGAUCAAAAUUUUUAGUCUAGUUUGUGAAGUUAUUGUUAAACUCAUUGAUAUGAGAACUACUUCUUCCCAACGAGCAGAAGCGGAUUCAAUUCAUCAGUCGUUUUGCAAUAAAUGCAACAUAGAUGUUUCAGAUAUGAAUGCUCGUUAUGUGGAGAGACGAGAUUCUCAAUUGCAAGAAUUAAAUCGCCGGUUUAGUGAGGAUGCAGUGAAGUUGCUUAUUCUUGGCUCAGCUCUUGAUCCUCGAGUUGCUCGUGAAUCUUUUAGAAUUGAUGAUAUAUGUCAAUUGUUCAACAUGCAAGUUUCCAAGGAUUGUCAAAUAUUUCUGAAUUAUGCCAAUGAAUGGGCAUUUUCAGCUAUGAAUAUUGUCAAAAUUAGGCUUCGCAACAAAAUUGAAGAUGAGUUUCUAACAGAUUCUCUGAUGUUGUACAUCGAAAGAGAAAUUGCUGCGACAUUUAGUACAGAUUCAAUCAUCGAUGAUUUGCGGGAUAUGAAAAAACGAAAGGUUCCAUUUUGA